AUGUGUCAUGGCCUAGGGCCAUUGGUUAUCUUCGACGGGCGCCUGAACUCAACUAAAUACAUUGAUAUACUCGAAACCUAUUUGCCAGCAGCAUUACAAAAAUUUUCACCUGUACAAUCAGGACAAAUUUUAUACCAACAGGACAAUGCACGUCCACAUGUAUCUGCUGUGACACAAGAAUAUUUCAAGAAAAAACGUGUUGAAAGAAUUAUUUGGCCGGCAAGUAGUCCGGACAUAAAUAUUAUUCAGAAUAUCUGGUCCAUUACUGAUAAUAAAUUAUUAAAAUUUACAAUCGAUAACAUAGAUGAUCUAAAAGAUGCAUUGAAAACAGUGUGGUCGGACAUUUCGAACGAUACAAUACGAAAACGUUUUGAAUCAUUACCAGGACGACUUCGACAAGAAAAAGUUUCAUUUGAUUUGAUUAAGUAG